UUUUCUGUAGCAAGUUAAAGAUGCUGUCACACUCAAUGGAUCUGCUGUUUGGCUUAACGUUUGUGAUACACUUACUGUUGGCUGUAGUUAGUAGGUCGGAUGCUUCAUCGUCCAAUGUAAUGACUACAGAGACAAGUCAGCAAUCGGUGAAUCCACAGAUCGAAGAGAUCGAAAACACAAUGAUCAGCUCGCUCGACGACGAAUCUGCUUUGACUGGUGAGGGGGAAGCGAUCGGAAAAUCUGGGACAAGUAAAAAGAAGAUAACCCUUUACAAAGGUUUAGAUCUCUCGACGUCUGACAAAAAGGUCAUCGUCUCUGUGACAGAGAAUGUGACCCUGACAUGUCGCGCCAUACCAAUUCUGAUCAGGGAAAUGCCAGUUUACAAACUUUUGAGAUUGGAAAUGCACAAAGUUGAUCCAAACACAGCUUCUUCCGCUGUUAUCGCCAGGGUUGAAAGAAAUUCGGUCCCGGUGAUCAACGACAUAGAAAACAGCGAAGAGAUGUUAACAAAGGGACGUAUACACAAAAAGCUACCUGACAGCUACCUGACCAUCCUCUGGCCUGUAGCCGUGGACGAGACACCGGGUAGUUACUUCUGCAAAGGAAUUUUCUACACAGACAAGUCUGAGACGACAACCACUCCCGUGUUUGCAGUUGCCCCGGUAAUCAUUGACACAGAGGACAUUGAUCUGAUAGCAAUCAUCCGUUUGCUCAGAAAACAGAAAAUGCAAGUGAUAGAGAACAGAGAUCGGUUGCAAGAGCUAUUGGAGCGCAAACAGAAACUUAUGGAAUACUUUUCUCGUCUAAAAGACAAAGAGACACUCUAUCGUCACCACUGGCCUAGUGGCAACUUCGCUUUGGUGGAGCCAUCCACCGGAUGUCCACCAAUAUUUCACCAAUCGUGGUCCGUAUCAAAGAUGAUCAUUCCAAGGUAUCGCCUCACAAGCAAGAAGGAUACAAUACCGAAACAUUUCAAAAAAUCAGCCCUAGGAAGUUCAGAUAUUGAAACCAGUUUUUGUCAAAUCGACGGUAGAGGAUUCUGGGACUGGCCAGCUGGAGAUUACUGCAUCAACAAACACAUCUCCGAGUCCCCGUGUCCUAAAGGUUUCCAGGAGGGCAGCAUCCGCCUCAGCAUCAAAAAGUCAAGGUCAGGGUCGCCGGGUGAUGAGCUCGACAAACAACCGUCAUCUAAGUCUGUUUCUUUCUGCUGCAGGAACGACGGUAAUGCCAAUGAGGAAAUAACUUUACCAACCCAGUUUCCAUUUUACAUGUACCAAUACAAGAAGGCAAGCUGUCAGCGUGUGAAGGAUAUGAAAGCUGAGGUCGACGACAUCCACUACCAAGUCAGCCAUAACGGGAAGGAUAAGGCAACAGGCGAAGUACCCCGACACACGCUUAACGGUGUUCACCUGUGGCUAUGCUACUACAGUUAUACUGGACCAACCACCGAUGCCGAGGAACCCCCAGCUACUACACACCAGAAGCCGCAAAAAUUCAAACACCACAGCAAGCCAAAACAUCCAAGCCAAAGCGACUCGAAAAGACCUAUGAUGCGAGCCGCAUUCCUGGAACAUAUGCCAGAGAUUCCGGUUGAAAAUUAUAACAAGACCAGUAAUCUCCUAAACAUAGACACUGCAAGUUUCCAAAAUAAAGAGGCUGAACAUCCACAAAACAAAGAGGCUGAACAUCCACAAAACACAGGGGCCGAGAAUACACAAAACACAGAGACUAAAAGUCCACAUAACACAGUGGCCGAACAGACACAAAACAAAGAGGCUGAACAUACACUAAACAAAGAGGCUGAACAUACACUGAACAAAGAGGCUGAACAUCCACAAAGCAAAGAGGCUGAACAUACACAAAACAAAGAGGCUGAACAUACACUGAACAAAGAGGCUGAACAUCCACAAAGCAAAGAGGCUGAACAUACACAAAACAAAGAGGCUGAACAUACACAAAACAAAGAGGCUGAACAUACACAAAACAAAGAGGCUGAACAUACACAAAACAAAGAGGCUGAACAUACACAAAACAAAGAGGCUGAACAUACAGUGAACAAAGAGGCUGAACAUACACCGAAUACAGGGACCGAACUUCUACAAAACACAAGGACCGAACAUACACAAACCACAGACGCCGAAAAUACACAAUACACAAGGGCCGAACAUACGCAAAACACAAAUACUCAAACUCUCAAAGUCUCAAUGACUUCUGAAUCCCGAGACACCAACGCCUUAAAUCUACAUCAAACCCAACCCCCAAUUAUUAAUAACUAACAGACGAGUAACUCCCAAUUAACGUUAAAUCACAAUACACUACUACGCCCCAUAAGAGAGAGAAAAAAUGUCUUCUAAGACACUAGUUCGACAGAAAUGCGUAUUGCGAUUUAAGAAAAUAAUA